AUAGAGAGAGAAGAAAAAUCCAUGGAGGCUGUGGCAAAUUCAGGAUCUUUAAGCAUCCUUCCUGUUCUCUGCUUGGCUGCAGGAUCUGUUUUCUCCCUAGAAUGAAGCUCUUGGUGGAUUGCUUUUGCCAUUAUACUUACAGUGAGCAAUAAACUACCUUCUCAAAUUUGAAAUGGAGGUAUGUGCGAGGGUUGGGUUGGUUGGCUCAGCCGCCUCAUACGAUCAGUUAGUCCGCCAGGUGGAGGAUCUGAAAAAAGAAAAUACUCACCUCAGGAGGGAGCUGCAGGAUAACAGCAGCCAGCUGAGUCGGCUUGAGCAUGACACAUCUGAUAUGAAGGAGGUUUUAAAACAUCUGCAGGACAAACUUGAACAAGAUGUUGGCGGGCCAUGCAGUCAGCCUGAAAUGCUGGAACAGCUAAAUGGUGAUUAUUCUCUGCAGGGUGAGGUACCUGGGGUGUACAAUCAGUUUUCAUCUUCUACUCUUGACUCUGAAGUAUCUGAGAUCCUGAGUCGAAGUUUAGGAGUAACCUCACUGCAAUCAGAGGCCCCACAGAACAAGGGAAGAGAGGAAACAAGAAAAAGUUCUCUGCUGAAAGUAGAACUGGAUAAAGAAAGGGUUCUGUUGUUGGGGGAGAUUGAUAAGGAGGAGAAGGAAAAACUCUGGUAUUAUUCCCAGCUCCAAAAUCUGUCCAAACGCCUGGAGGAACUACCUCGUGUGGAGACGUUUUCUCUUCAGAUUGAUCUUAUACGGCAGCAGCUAGAGUUUGAAUCAGAGCAUUUGCGCCGUUUGCUGGAGGAGAGAUUUGGGACAGCAGAUGAGAUGGUUCAGAGAGCACAGAUUCGGGCAUCUCGUCUAGAGCAGAUUGAAGAGCAGCUUCAAGAAAUGCAGAAAACAGAGAGCAAGGAAUGUCAAGGCCAAGAGUGUAGUGAGAAUAUUGCGUUUGUAGACAAAGUAACUGCUGAAACCGUACCACAACCCGAAGAAAGCACAGGACAGCAGGAAUCCAAGGUGGAGGUUGUGUUCUGGCUCUUGUCAAUGCUGGCUACAGGUGAUAAGGACACCAUGUCACGGACUCUGUUGGCCAUGUCUAGCUCCCAGGACAGUUGUCAAGCCAUGCGGAGAUCUGGUUGCCUUCCACUCCUGCUCCAGAUACUGCACGAGGUAGAACGUGAUGCACCUCCUCAGGAGUCACAAAAACUUAAAGACGCUAGGAUGCGUGCAAAUGCUGCAUUGCACAAUGUCAUCUUUUCACAACCAGAUGAUGGACAAGCUAAAAAGGAAAUGAGAGUUCUUCACAUCCUGGAGCAAAUCCGUUCUUACACAGAAACCUGCUGGGAAUGGAUGGAAGGACUUGAACAAGGGGGCGGUGUGCAUGAGGGCAGCCCAGUACCAGUGGAGCCACAGAUCUGCCAGGCAAGUUGUGCUAUCAUGAAGCUAUCGUUUGAUGAAGAAUAUCGUAGAGCAAUGAAUGAACUAGGUGGCCUGCAAGCCAUUGCAGAACUUGCAGAGGUGGACUAUCAGAUGCAUAGGAUGACCAGUGAGCCCCUCAGCUUGGCUCUAAGACGUUAUGCAGGGAUGGCUCUCACUAACUUGACAUUUGGAGAUGUUGUGAACAAGGCCACAUUAUGUUCCCGACGUGGCUGCAUGCAGGCAAUUGUAGCUUAUCUUGCUUCAGAGAAUGAAGAACUUCAGCAGGUUGCAUCCAGCAUCCUGAGAAAUCUGUCUUGGAGAGCUGACAUCAACAGUAAGAAAAUUCUGCGUGAGGUUGGCAGUGUAAUCAGCUUGAUGCAAUGUGCCCUUAGGGCGACCAAGGAGUCAACCCUAAAAAGUGUGUUGAGUGCACUGUGGAAUCUAUCUGCCCACAGCACUGAAAACAAGGCAUCUGUUUGCUCAGUGGAUGGGUCCCUGGGUUUCUUGGUGAGCACCCUUACCUACAAGUGUCAAAGCAAUUCACUGUCCAUCAUAGAGAGUGGUGGAGGAAUCCUACGGAAUAUCUCCAGUUUAAUUGCAACGCAUGAUGAAUACAGGCAAAUACUCCGUGAUCACAACUGCCUUCAGACUUUGUUGCAUCAUCUCAAGUCACACAGCUUGACCAUAGUCAGCAAUGCAUGUGGAACCUUAUGGAAUCUUUCUGCUCGUUGUCCACAAGACCAGGAACUACUUUGGGAUUUGGGAGGUGUCAGCAUGCUGCGCAAUCUCAUUCACUCAAAGCACAAAAUGAUUGCAAUGGGUAGUGCAGCAGCUCUAAGAAAUUUGCUUGCACAUCGACCCAUAAAAUAUAAAGAUGCAGCUGUCAUUUCACCAGGAUCUUGUAUGCCUUCUCUCUACAUGAGAAAGCAAAAAGCACUGGAAGCUGAGCUAGAUGCCAAACACUUGGCCGAAACUUUUGACUCCAUGGACAAACAAGGACUAAAAUCUCAGCCAAUGAAGGGCCCAUUACGGCAUAUUGAGAGCUUGGUAAAGGAUUAUGCUUCAGACUCUGGAUGCUUUGAUGAUGAUGAGAUUCCAAAUACAUCUAUCAGUGCAGAAACAGGCAACUCCUCUGUACUUUCCAUGUAUCUAAACUCCUCCUUCAGUCAAGGGCAACCAGUAGCACGGGCUGGGUCCAUGAAGAGAGGUCCAGAAACUGAGAAAGCAGACAUCAAUAAACAUGAAUUCAAGAAGCCUGACAAUGAGGUUUCUGCAGUGGCUGAAAAACUUGUCAAUAAGAUGACUUGCACAGUAGCUAAGAUAGAUAGACUUGUAGAAGACAUUUCCACCAUGCACACAUCCUCAGAUGACAGCUUUAGUUUAAGUUCUGAAGACCACUGUGCUGACUGGCCUUACGGUUCAGAUGAGCUUCACGAGGCCAGAGCACAGUCAUGUUCUCCUUGCAGACUCUCUGACAAAAGUGGAAUAAUGAGAAGAAAUAAUUUAAGCAGAGCUCAAGCGCUUUUACGGCUGAAAACUGCCUACACCAGUCUCUCUAAUGAUAGCCUAAACAGUGGAAGCACAAGUGAUGGGUACUGCCCAAGGGAGCACAUGAAGCCCUGCAGCAGGGCUGCUAUUAUUGAUUAUAAAGAAGAGCUACAUAGAUAUCAAAAACGCCCUAGUCGUCUGGAUCUAAAGAACGUGUUGGUUAUCAAGCCAGAGAAAAAUGAUCUUGCUGAGAAUCAACUGAAAGAAGACCAGCUCAAGGAUGAAUCUAUUGGGAUACAUGACACAAUGAAGAAGACCUUAACUUAUUCUUGCUUGAAAAACACAGAGGGAGUUGUACACAAAGAUGAUCAACCAGUAAAUGAAUCUAAAGACAAAAUUACAGCAGAGUCUUUGGUGCAUACCAUAAAAUUGUCCCCCUCUUAUAAGCACAUUUCUGGUAUUGACACUUUUACAAAGAAAGCUGUAGCAUUCCCUGGGAAUAUAUUUCAUCAUGUUCUAUCUGGUAGAAAAAAGGCAUGGCUAGACUCACCUCAAACACCUGACACAUUCGCAGAAACUCCUGAAAAGACUUCUGUUCACUCCUCCUCAGUAGGUGAUCAAGAAUCACUGCAAAAAUAUGAAGUAGAGGGAACUCCAAUAUGUUUUUCUCGAUGUAGCUCCCUGUCAUCUCUGUCCUCUGGUGACAACCUCUUAGAUGGACAAAGUCGCAGUGAGAAUGAGAUGGACAGUGAUUCUUCCUUGGAAAUUUUAGAAGUAGAUGAAGGCAACAGCCAUGGAGGGACAAAACAAUGGAGAAAGGAAGAUUCAGAUACAAAUAGAGACAUUUCACCUAGUGCCUCCCAGCCUAUUUCUAUUCCAAAGCCAAAAUCUGAGAAAAACUUAAUCAGAGACAUUUCACCUUCUAGGAAUGAAGAUAUGACCCCAUCCAGCUCUUCAGAGAACUAUGUUCAAGAGACACCUUUGGUAAUGAGCCGCUGUAGCUCUGUGAGCUCCCUUGGAAGCUUUGAAGAUCAUUCCUUUGCAAGUUCAAUCCAAAGUGACCCAUGUAGUGAAAUGAUAGGAGGAGCAGUAAGCCCUAGUGACCUGCCAGAUAGCCCUGGACAGACCAUGCCACCAAGCAGGAGCAAAACACCAAAUUAUGAGUCUAGUUGCCACUUAGAAAAAGAGGCCAAUCAAUUCAACAUUCAGUGGGAAAACAAUGUCAAAAAGUUCAUGGAAAUAACAGAUUUUAAGGAGAGGUUCCAAAUUCCAAAAGACAUUGACUCCAUGAUUUACUUUACAGUAGAGAAGCCUACGGAAAAUUUUUCAUGUGCAUCUAGUCUUAGUGCACUACCUUUGCAUGAACAUUACAUUCAAAAGGAUGUAGAACUUAAACUUAUCCCUCCUUUCCCUGAAAAAAACGGUCUGAACUUUGUUGCACAUGAGAAAAGUGGAGAAAAUAGGGAUGAGGGACUGCUAGGGAUGAUGAAAAAAUCUGAAUUGGAGCUUGUAUCAGAUGAUGACAUUGAUAUUCUAAAAGAGUGUAUUAGCUCAGCUAUGCCUUCAAGACUACGAAAAGUAAAAACAUCUGUCCUCCCUGGACAUAUAAUAAACUCCCAGGCCAAAAAGUCUGUACAGCUUCCAGUUUACAUGUUAGUUCCAGCUCACUCACAACAUUCAGUUUCUAAGACGUUUUGUUCCAAAACAUACUUGCCCAAGGAUGACUCCUCUUUCACUGACUCAGGUGAGGGGACCCCAGUAAACUUCUCAAGUGCUGCCUCGCUAAGUGAUGAAACUCUUCAAUAUUCAAUUAAAGAAAAUCAGGAUCUGAAAGAGAGGCCAAAGAGUCGAAUGGAGAGAAGAGACUAUGGACCUAUUUUAAAUUGUCACCAACAGACAGAAAAAAGAAGGAUAUACUCAUUGGAAAAUGUAGCAGCCACAGACGAGAAUAAAAUAAAUGCCAUCUAUGCAAGUCCCACUAAGAUUAUUAACAGAGGCAAUAUACCUAUGAACCAAGCUUACUCAGUGAAAGCACAUCAAACAACUAACACAUUAAGCAGCCUUGAAGGUCAAAAUAAAGUCACUAAGGCAAACAAUAAAAAAGGAACUAAUUCUGCUGCUCAUCCAACAGGACUUGACAUAAGUCACAGUGACUAUGGAAAUUUGGCUUUCCAGUCAUUUUGCCACACAACACCAACUGAAGAAGCCGUUUAUUGUUUCUAUGAAGAGAAUGCAGACACCUUUAAAUCAAGUAAAGACUCUAUCAAGAGGAAGAUAGAGCAAUCUAGAUCUUCACGAAAAAAAAUUCAGAACUCAUCAACAACCAAGAGAGGGACCAGAGACACUCAUCCUGUCAGCAAAUACAGCCCUCCUACUACAACUAAAUUCCAAAAUAUGAUAGAAGAUGAACCUAUUCCUUGCUACUCACUCAGUUCAUCUAUGAGCUCUCUCAGUGACUUGGAAGCUGUUUGUGUUCAAGCAAAGGCAAACAGACAUUUGUCUAGAUCACAAGGCAGAUCUGCUAGCUGUCAAAUAAACAGGGAUUCCUCUGUUAGUCAUGCCUCAGAAGAAGAGAUAGACACAAACACAGUGCUUCCCAGAAGGAGAAGACCUUCAACACGCAAAAGGAAGCAGAAGCUCAGGAACUCUGAGACUAAAGUUGAAGCUCAAUGUAAUUCUGCUGGGGAAAAGAUACACAAUGGCAGUGAUUUAUCUGAUUUGGAUAGUGUGGACUGGGAAGCUAUCAAAGAGGGUGCUAAUUCAAUUGUUAGUUGGAUACACCAAGCUGCAGCCUCUAUAUCCAGGGGCUCAUCAACCAUUUCCAGGGGGGCCUCUUCUGAUUCCCGCAUGUCUAGCCAUUCAGCAUCAUCUCGGCAGCCUUUACAAGGUCACCGUAAACAAGUUAGGGACACAGCUUCACGCUCAAGAGUGCAGGACCCAAGUCAAGUUCCUGUGGUGACUGGCCAUGAAGGAGGUAGACUUGAUAGGGGCAGGAAAGUCCUUAAUCUGAACCAAAAGCAAGCCCCAAAUAUCCCUAUGGUUAUCCGCGGGAAUACUGUGAUUUACAAGCCUACCCAGGAGAAAGACUGUUACAAUAAUCAAUCAUCUAGCCAGAUGCACCCUGUUCAGGAAGUGACAAAGGCUCAAACUGCUGUGCGUUCUCGGAGCCAUCAUCGCCUUGGAAAAGCUUCAGAUCUUGAAAUGGAACUGACUUUACCCAAAAGAAGUGCAACUCCCCCAGCUCGAUCGAGUAAUGCUCCUUCAUCUAGCUCCUCAAGAAAUUCUACACCAUCGCGCAAAGCACAGGUCCCAGUAACUCCACCAUCACCAAAGUCCAAGGCUGCAAGGAACUCUCAAGCUACUCCUGGUAAUAAAACACAGAAGUCUCCUGUGAGGAUACCCUAUAUGAAGAAGCCAAGUCCACGUGGCACACCUGGCCCAUCUCCACUAGCUGUGGAAUCUGCCAUCCCACGGCAGAGUCCAAUCAAAAGACCUGCUUUUCAAGGUAGCCGAUUUAAACAGGUGAGAAACAGUGAGUCUGAGAAAUCUGGAAUACUCCGUCAACUAACCUUCAUUAAAGAAUCAUCUGGAGGCAUGAGACGUCAGUACUCAGACUUAUCCAUGACCCAGCACCAACAACGUGCAACUCCGCGAAGCAACGCAGCUUUGCCUGCUGUUUUUCUUUGUUCCUCCCGCUGUGAGGAACUCAAAGUACACAAAUCUCCUAAAUCCACAGGAUCUCCAUCUCCAAGUCGACCAGCAAGAAGGACAAAUUCUGAGAGCCCAUCCCGGCUUCCUAUUAGAAAUAUGCCACCUGCACCAGAACCUUUCAAAAGACAUUCUUCUUCUCCCCACAUCAACCUCCCAGGGCCAUGUGGAGAAAAAACAGGACAACACAUCAUGAAAUCUGAAGAUACAAGAGUUCCAAGACUUGACAGUCCAUCAAGCCUAAGAAAAGCAACCUGGAGAAGGAUUCGUGAUGAAGAUAUCCCUCAUAUUCUGCGGAGCACUCUACCUGCCUGUGCUUUGCCAUUAACCGAAGAGUCCACUGAGCCCCAAAGAAAAACAAGUGAUGCUGUAGUUCAGACAGAAGACUUCUCCACUGCAAAAACAAACUCUAGCACAUCACCCACAUUGGAGAGCAAUCCUAUGGGAGACAGAAGUAGGCCUGGCAUAGCCACCUCUGCUUUACCAGAGUUGGGUAAAUCUUCACUUACUGUUGUAAAUCUGCCCACCAGUAGACAUAGCUCUCCCAGUCGGGCUGCUAGGGUCACUCCAUUUAACUAUGUUCCGAGCCCCAUCUUGACAGUUACAGAUGAAGCGGCAAACAAGAUUAACGCUGAGUAAUAAGACUUACAGGACUGGUUUGUUCCUUCAUUGAAGUUAAAUCAUUCAUCAGAAAUCUAGAAUGGAUCCAAACAAGUUCCCUUACCUCACACACACAACACCUGUCAUUCUUGAGGUACCACUUUGAAUCAGAGACCUUUUACACUAAUACUAUUGGCACUUUAUGGAUACGGACUACUGACGUGUGGAAAAAAAUUAUAAUCUGCAUACAUUCUAAUAAUAGAGGAUAAAUGGCAUCUGGUCAUAAAAACAUUUUGAAGGAGGGUUUUUUAUGAGGUUAAUUCAGGAAACCAUCUGCUCUCAAAUGAAACUUUGUAUUGCAGCUCUGGUUUUCGAACUGAACAAUAACUCACAUUUAAAUAACUGCAAACCAAUAACAAUGUGGCAAGUUUUCAUCAGAGCAUAAAAUGAUGUUGAGAAUAUCUCACAGACUUUAAUUUGCCAAUUGUACACAAUUGGAAGAAGAAACUCUUGAAAAAUUCUAAAGCAAAGCCUUAAUUAGGGUAUAAGCUGCAUGUAUUCUACACAUUUUGUCUAUUUUAGUGUAACCAUGGCACAGCUUACAGAUGAAAAGGUGCACAUAGGGAUCUAAGCCUACGAUGCAAUGGAGAAAUGCUUCAAAAACCCUUAUUCUUGAAUUGCCAAAUCAAAAUUAAAUUUAGGAUUAACAGCUUCUAGCCCGAGAUUUCAGGCUCUAAGAAUAUCAAACUUCCUGCGCAUUUUCUAAACACUCUCUGCUCCACUUGAAGUAGUCAUCUAUUUUUUUUUCUAUUAUGCAGUUAUGAUUAUAUGUUCCUAUUGCCAAGCACAUUUAAACAUUGAUUUCAAAAAGUAAAAUAUGUAUUAAGUAAUUAAAUAUAUGAAGUUCUCAGGAACAUAGGUCUGUAACAUUCAAUUAUGUUUUGCUCACAUGACCACAGGAGACUUUACAAUGUCUCAUACAGUAUCAAUAUCCUCAUUUUUUACCUUGUGGCAUUCUCUAGAAACAUGAGAUGUGAAAUAGGCCAAUUAUUUUGAAAAUAUGAGUUUAUGGUGUUUAUUAUUCCCUAUUGGUUCUGCUGUUACUCAGAUGUGUGGAUGAGAAAGAUCCUAAAAGUGGAUUAAAUAAUUUUGUUCCUUAGGUUAACCAAGACUUUUGCGACAUCAGAUAGUUUCCAUUAGCACAGUACAGAAACAUUGCAUACAUUUUUCAAAAUGUAAC